UGUGUAAUUAAAUUGUAGCCAUAAUGUGCCCAACUGGAAAACAAUAGCUGUUCCAGUUAUACGUGAAAAACGUUACGUUAAAAAACUAGGACACUCGCACCACUAGCCAGCGAGCAAGCGAGCGAGUUCCGCCCUCAACUUACCCCAUAAGAAAAAAAAUCGAUUUUGUGAUAGUGAUAACAGAGCGAGGCAGUGGCCGUUGCUUUUCUGUAUUCAAUUCGGACACUAAAUACGAGAAACGGGGCCCAUCAUGAAUUUGGAUUUUGCUCGAGUGUGUGGCAAGCACAACCUCAUCUACGAGGCAUACUACAAACAGAUUGACCCGAAGGGCACGGGUGCCAUUGAGGCGAUGACGGCGGCAAAGUUUUUGAAAAAGUCUGGCCUCAGCGAUGUGGUGCUCAGUCGUAUUUGGGAUCUGUCCGAUCCGAAUGGCAAGGGAUUCCUGGACAAGCCUGGCUUCUUUGUGGCCCUCAAGCUAGUCUCACUGUCGCAAGCGGGCCAGGUGGCCAACAUGAACAACAUCUACAUGGAUACAGUCAAUCCACCAAAAGUGGGUGAAAUACCAAAGGCGAUACCUUCGCGCAUACAAUCGGUGCCAGUUGCUGGUCCCGGCGCCGGGGCCGCCAGUGGUGACUGGACCAUCAGUGUCAUCGAUCGGCUUAAGUAUGAGCAGCUGUUUGAAUCGCUGAAUCCAAGCAACGGCAUGCUGCCUGGUAACAAGGUCAAGGGUGUACUGAUGGACUCCAAGCUGCCGAUGAAUAUACUGGGCACUAUUUGGGAUCUGGCCGAUCAGGACAAGGAUGGCAAUUUGGACAAGCAUGAGUUUAUUGUGGCCAUGCAUCUCGUCUAUCAGACACUUCAGAAGCGCACAGUUCCCAGUGUGCUACCGCCAGAGCUGCGCAAAGCGCCUAAGCCCGCCAUGCCACCGCCACCGCAGCCAGCGGCAGGUUCUGGUGUUGGCGCGGCAAUGCCGCGAGCACCCAGUGGCGAGGGUUUCGGCGAUGGUGGCUUUGUGGCCAACUUUCCAAAAGAUAUUGCACCGCCGGCAGCCAUACCACCACUUCCCGUUGCUGUGCCGCCCAUGACGCGCAUUCCACCGGUUGGCGCAGUCAGCUCACAGCCGCUGAUACAAACUGAGCCACUGAUACCAAUUGGUGCGCCACCAUCGGUAACAGCCAAUGCAGAUUGGGUGGUUAGCACUGUGGAGCUCUUACGAUUCGAAGAGAUAUUCCGGCAGUCGGAUUUGGACAAGGAUGGCCUGGUUUCCGGUCUCGAGGUGAAAGACAUAUUCAUUAAAUCGGGUAUACCACAACGCAGCCUUGCAGAUAUCUGGGCACUUUGCGACACCAAUCAAUCGGGCAAACUGACCGUGGAGCAGUUUGCUUUGGCCAUGUGGCUUGUUGAACGCAAGCAGCGCGGUGUGGAUCCGCCACAAGUGCUCACUGCCAAUAUGGUGCCGCCUUCGAUGCGUGCAACCGUCUCUGGUGUCGAUAUGCAGCCGCAGGAAACGAAGCCAACUUACUCGAAUCCCGAACUGGAGAUGAUAUCAAAGGAGAUCGAAGAGCUGGCCAAAGAGCGACGCGCUCUUGAAACGGAAAUCGCACAAAAGGAGGCCGAUGUGCGUAUCAAGAAUGGGGAAGUGCGCAGCUUGCAGAGCGAAUUGGACACGUUGACGGCAACACUGAAGCAGCUGGAAAAUCAGCGGGGCGAGGCACAGAAGCGUCUGGAUGAUCUGCAGGCUCAAGUUACCCAAAAUCUGGCCGUGUUGGCCAACGUAAGUCUUGACAUAACCCACACCAAUGUUCAGGUCAACAAGAUACGCGAUCAGUGCCACAUGCAGGAGGAAACCAUCAACGAGCAGGAGGGCGAACUGAAUGCUAAGCGCUCGGAACUGCAGAAGCUCAAAGAUGAGGAGUCGGCACUGCAAAAGGAAUACGAUGACAACAAUGGCGAACUAUCUAAGCUCACCAGACAUCUGCAAAGUACGCAACUGCAGAUUAGCUCCGUGCGCUCCAUGGUUACGCAGCUAAUGGAAACGCAACGUCAGAUGACCGAUGCGCUACUUAUUUGUCGCGCCGCCAUGGAGACUCAAAAUGCUGAACUAGUCUCCGAAUACCAGCUGAAGAUUGAGCCCGACUUUGAUGAUGCGCGCAAAACGUUGCAAAAGGAAAUCGAAAUACCCACAGAUGAUCCAUUUGGAGAGAAUAACAGCGGUGCCGCCAACAAGGCAACCAAUGGCUUUGACAACGAUCCCUUCCGUGGGCAGGUCAGCAAACCUUCUCCUGUCAUCAGCAGUGGCUUUGACGAUAGCUUCAAUAUGAGCUCUGGCUUUGACAGCGGCUUCGAUGCAUUUGGCCAGAGCAACACAAGCGGCUUUGGGCAAACGCAACGCGAUCCAUUUGGUGCUGAUGCAUUUGGUGCUAACAAGUCCAAUGCUAUAACGCCGGAGCCUGGCAAAGAUGACUUUGGCAGCGAUCCCUUUGCGGCGCUGCACGCGCCCACUGGCCAGGGUCAGGUGCUUAGUCCCAAUGCCCAGCGUUCAGGCCCACCACCAAGACCGGAGUCACCUAGUCCAGCUUUGCCCCCAAAGAAAUCGAAGGUGCCGCCUCCCAGACCAGCCCCACCUCGCGCAACACAGCCAUCGAGUGGUUUCGGCACCAGCGGUGCCGGCGGCGGAGGAUUUGCUGAUUUUGACGACUUUGACAAUAAGCUACAAAACAUUCCAAUCAGUAACCCAAACACGACCACGCCCAUACCAGCGCUAAACGCCACGCUGCUCGAUAGCUUUUCGCUGUUUGAUGAUCCUCAGAAACAAAGCCAGAGUCAGAGUAAGGCAGUAGCCAGCACAAGCACUCCAACACUGCCACUGAACCCACAGACUUCAUCGCCAUUGACAUUGACAUCAGCAUCUUCAACUGCAUCCGUAUCCGCAUCAACUGUGACAGCAAUCAGCACAAAUAACAAUGAUUUGUCGCGUUCCAAUACACCGCUGCAGACACAGGCAACAACAAUUGGAACAGGCACAGGAACGGGCAUUUUUGAUGCAUUUGGAAGCACGAAGGCAGCAACUCCUGUGCCAGCGAUUAUAAAAGGACCCACGGACUUCAAGGAUGAUCCAUUCAAGGAUUAUCGCUAUGAAGAUCCAUUCAAUAUUAAAGAUCCCUUUUCAGAUGAAGAUGCAGACACGACAACAUCAGGUGCUAGCAAAAAGACCUUUGCCGAGGACUUUAGCUCUGAGGAUGAGCUAGCAGCCAGACCCUUUAAUAACAAUAAUAAAUCAAAGACCGCAACGCCGCUGGAUAGCCAAUUGAUGCAACAAUUCGAUGGCUUCAACUUGAAUGCCAGCCCAGCGAUGUCCCAUCACUCAAACGCAUCGAUUCCAAAGCAAUCGCUGGAUGCAUUCGCCGACUUUGAUGAUUUUGCGCCCAGCAAGGUCGUAACAGCAACUGAUACCACAAUUACUCAAUCCUCAAGGAAACCGCCUAGCAAUGCAAAUGUUAACAAACUCAAUGAUUCCUUUUUCAAAGCAUUUAAUGACAACUUCAAUGACAACAACCUUGACUCGAUUAAAAAUAAACCGCAAGAACAACUAAGCACUAUAUCGCAAUCGGCCGCUUUUGAUGCUUUCGCCGUAACCGGUGGAGGCAGCAGCUCGGCAACGGAAUCCAAGCUCUUUGAUGCUUUUAAUGACAACUUUGAGGAUAGCUUUGGACACAAAAAGCAGGCGAAUUCAACGACUCUAGAUAAUAAUUUUGCUAAAUUUGAUGCCUUCGAUGCUCACAACUUUUCGAAUAAUUUUGGCAACUCAUUCGAUGACAGCAAUGCCAACAAGAGCAAGAGCAAACACAAUGGUGGCGGCACUACCGGCGGCAAGGAGAGAAAGGAACCGCUGGCCAAGAUAACUGAUAAGUUUGAAGCGGACUAUUCGAAGGCGGAAAGCUAUGAUGCCGAUUUGGAGGAGGCGCUUAAGCGUAGCAUGCUCGACAACUAAUUUAACCCAUCAAUGCAGUAGGAACAAUAGAAUUAAUGUGAUGAUGCACACUAACAAUCUCUAAAUAACGAUGUGCAUGUCCACAUAACCCAGCUGUUGAUUGUAUAUCUUGUAUAAUGCUCCCUUUAAAGUAAUUUUCCAAAUUGUAAAAUAUUUGCUUUCCAAUCAUUAUAUUUAGUUGAUGUGUUUUGUGCUCCAUGGUGACUACCAUAUGACAAUAGUCAUCAUAUUUUUAAUAUUCCAUUGAUUGUCUAAGGCGAAAGCAAACCCCGAAAUGCUGGUAUUAUAUUCAUUAUUAUUAUUAUUUCAUAUUUAAUAGUUGUAUAUGUAAUCACCUACUCGUUAACGUGAUUAUAAUAUCUCGAUUACACAUGUACCAAAACUCUAUGAAUAAACCAAGAUGAAUACAUUAAACUUUUUGCUCACCAA